AUGCUCAUCUGCCUGAGGUAACAUGGAAAGACACACUUAAAAGAAUGAGGGGAGCACUACAACCAGCAGCUUUCUAAACCCAGAGAAGAUCUGCAAGGAGCCACGCAAGUCCAAACUAUAACAGGACUAAGUGUAGCUGCAACAGGGAAUGUGAUUACAGUACAAGUGCUGGACCAACAGCCACAGCCCAAUAUUCAUGUUUUAUUCAUAAUUUGUCUGAAUUUAAGACAUAUGGAAUGUAAAGAAUCAUGUUUUCCUUUGAUUUUGAUCACCUGCCCUGUCUGAUUGUUUUUAUGUUAUAGAUGAUGCCAGUGUCUUAGAAUAGCCUGCAUGUAGAUCAGUUGUCUAUUUAAUCAUCAUCUGGAUUUUUUUAUCUGCUGAGUAUCAGUCCUAACUCCAAAUUGGUUUUGUAGUUUCCUGAUUUAAUUUCCUUUCUUUCCUACUGCAGAGCUGACACAACCACAGGAUUCAUCUGUAAAAACUCAGACCAGACAGGCGGUGCCUGUCAUGACUACUGUGUUUGUUUCAUGUGCCCAACUGACUUCUGCAUUAGAAAUGAUAACCAUUCAACCCCUAUAACAACCACUAACCUACCAACCAAAGCACCAGAAAACAACCAGCAGAUAAACAACUAUCCCACAGAUACUCGUAAGCAACCCACCAUGACUUAUUUUUAUGAUUGGUGAAAAUUAGUUGAUCAAUGGUGCUAAGACAUAGUGAUUUUGACCUCAGCUAUUUCUCAAAAACUAAAUAAAUAACUUCUUAUAACAAUAUUGUCAUUCUUUAUCCUUUCCUGGUGACAUCCUCAGAUUGCUGGACAGACUGGUUUGAUCGAGAUGACCCCUGUGGAAUUGAAGACUUGGAGAGCCUGAGUGUUCUGCAAUAUGAAAACCCAGGAAAGAUCUGCAAUAAACCACUUCAGAUUGAGGUCCAAACUACAGCUGGACUCGGUGCUGCUGUAACAGAAGAUGUAAUUGAUGUGUAA